AUGCCCAGCACUAGAGACAUGGAACUUGAAGCAGAGCUUGAACCUGAUAGAGCUAAACAUGUGGAGCUGGAACCUGAUGGAAUUAAAGACAUGACGCUUGAGGUUGAGGAGAAACAUGAUGUCAUGGACAAACUUGUUGCCAACCAAGAGCUUGCAACUGAGAAGAAGCUUGUUUCCAAGGAUACUGUAGCUGCGCCAAUGGAAAUGGUUACUCAUUCUGGAGUUAAUAUUGAGCCAAGAUGGAGAAGACAUGAUCCUAAACCUCCCUGGUUUUUUAUCCAAGCUCAAGAAAUCAGCAAAUGGCAUGUGAUUGCACUCUUUUUCCCUUACCUUUGGUUUUGUCCCAAUGGGUUUUUAAUGAGGCUUAUGUUUCACAUUCAAAUAACUCAUUUUGCUGAUCAAGACCCAAGCCCAUCAAGUGGGAAGAUUGAAAACGUGGCCAUGAAGCUCAAGGGUCUAUUUUAG